UUGCACAGCGAGGAAGCAAAGAAUCAAAACAUUGAACCUUUCUGGCAGUUCGUCCAAGAAAGAGCUUAUGAAAUGUAAAAAAAAUCGUGAUUUCAAAUGUCUAAAAUACUAACUGAUAUCAUUUAGACACUUUUUUUGUCUGAAUUCUACUUUUUCUUGAUCUAUGGACGAUUGUUAACACCAAAAAAGUGGUUGUUUACCUUUUUUUUUUUUUUUUUUUUUUUUUUUUUUUAUCUCUAACCGUCCCUGCUAACCGACUAGCCGGUUAGCUCCAUGGAAACUAUGGGAUGAACAUGACCAUAUAUAGACCGCACACGGCGUUGCCCCGCCGGUGAACUGCAAAAUCAUCCAGGAGGCUGACACACAGCAGGGAAAACAUGUCAGCGGAUCAGAUUAUAGCCAUCGUGGUGGAUGACAGAACCUACGAGGUGAAUAAAAGGAAGCUGAUCGAGAAAAGCGACUACUUCCGAGCGCUGUACAGCUCCGGGAUGAGGGAGUCCACGGAGGACUCCGUCCAGCUGCACGGGCUGAGCAUCCCGGGCCUGGAGCUCGUCUUGGAGUUCAUCAACACCUCAAACGUCCAGGUGGUCAACGAGACACUGGAGGAUCUGAUCGAGACCGCUUCCUUCCUGCAGGUCACCUCCAUCAUGAAGCUGCUGAGCUCAGAGAUCCGGCCGGAGAACUGCGUUGAACUUUACAGCCUUUCUGAAGUUUAUGGGACCCACGAUCUGAGGAACGCCUGCCUCAAAUACAUGAGCUGCUACCAUCAUCCGAUGCUGCGGCGGCCUGAGUUCCAAAGUCUGCCCCCAGCUGUGAGGGAUCAGGUCCGGGAGAUGCGCAUGAAGGGCACCGCCACCCUGGUGGCCAUCGGAGACUUCAAAUGUCUGUCCCUGGAUGUGCCCGAGCAGGACGAACCGUGGUCUAUGCUUCGGUACGGAGAGGUGGAGCAGCGGUGGAAACCUCUGGCCAACAACCUGACCUCAGACAUGAUCAACGUCAGGGGGUUUGGAUCUGCAGUCCUGGAUAACUACCUGUUCAUAGCGGGAGGAUACAGGAUGACAAACCAGGAGAUCUCUGCAGUGCAUUGCUACAACCCCUGCAGGAACGAGUGGAGCCAGGUGGCUCCUCUCAAUCAGAAACGGUCAAACUUUAAGCUGCUUGCUGUGCAGGGGAAGCUGUACGCUGUGGGAGGUCAGUGUCUGGGCACUGUGGAGUGUUACGGCCCUGAGCAGGACUGGUGGACCUGUGUGUCGUCUAUGCCCGACCCCCUGGCUGAGUUCUCAGCCUGUGAGUGUCAGGGUAUGAUCUACGUCAUGGGAGGAUACACUGCAAGAGAUAGAAACACCAGCGUUCUACGGUACUGCCCCACCUCCGACAGCUGGUCGGUGUUCCAGACGUGUCCGGCUCACAUCCGGAAGCAGCAGAUGCUCUCUGUGGAGGACACCAUCUUCCUGGUGGGCGGCUACACCCACGAACUUGAAGCAGGCCGGAGGCAGCGGCGUCCCAGCCAGACAGAGGACGUUCUGACGGUGCAGUCAUACAACGUCUCAACGGGGGAGUGGACCCAUCUGAAGGAGAACACAUCCAAGUCAGGCUUGAACCUGACGUGCACGCUGCACAACGACGGCGUUUACAUCAUGAGCCGGGACAUUGGGCUGCCCACCAGCCUGGAGCACCGCGUCUUUCUGAAAUACAACAUAUUCUCUGACGCCUGGGAGGCCAUCAGACGCUUCCCGGCUUUGGGGCAGAACAUGCUGCUCUGUUCUCUUUACCUCCCCAACACUGUAUGACCAACGGUCAACUGGGACCAGACCGAAGGAACCAGUGCAGCUUGUUGUGACUGUGGGAAAUGACAGCGUCUGAAUACACUACAUCAAACACACUAAAGUGGAGAUAAGAUUUAGGAUGAUGCACAGAUAAAUAACCUGAUCGGAUCAGACCAAAAACCCACAAACUUCUUCCAGCCAGUUAAAAUAAAACUCUAAGCUCCAAGAUGUCACACUCACAUCUACACUGUGGUUCAAUCAGGAAGAAGAAUCAGAGUGACGUUUCCACUACGGGAAAGAUUUUCAGAAAAUAAAUUUCUAAACAUGUAGGAGGUCAUGCUUCCACAGCAGAGAAACAAACUUCUUGUUCAUUUCAGUGCUUUGCUGUUUUGGAAAUGAUUUGCUCCCAAAUAAUUACAGGUAUGAAUCAUUUCUGACCAGCUCAUUAAGUUUAAAGAUCAACAAACCUUUACGGGUAAAAUUGUUUUUUUUUUAAAUGAUGUUCUUAAUGAUUUCUCCAACUACGAAAUACGCUGAUGGUCUUAAAAAAAAUCUUGAUAAAAAGUUUGUUUACAAGUAAAAAGUGGGAAUUUGAUGCAACAUCAAACUGAUGUUUACAAUGAUUUCUACUAGCCUAAGACGCUACAGACUGUUUGAAAUAUUACCUUCUUUAUACGGUAGUCUGUCUUGAAAUGGUAAAACCAGGUUUAACAAAAAAACAAAAAAAAAGACAUCCCCUCUGCUCCUUAUAUAAACAUUUAGUAAACACUUGAUGUAGGAGGGGGUAAAAGGAAAUAUUUUCUGUGGUCACUUAACUUCUGCAUUUGCAAACCUUUCUCCAUCCAGACUGGUUUGAAGUCUGUCAGAGCUGCAGUGAACUAUCAAAAUUCUCCCUUGAUUGGGCUAAAACCUUCCUGAUGUUUACAAUCCACCAUGUUUAGAUUUCACCAUAGAGUUUAAAGUUACUUUUCUUUUAUAUUCGGAGACGGGGGUUAUAGUUUACAUUUACAGCUCCAGAAAUGAGAAAUCCUUGAAAGCAUCAGGAAAUGAAGCGCCUUGCUUAGUCCUAUUUUAUUCCUCUUUGAUACACUAAAAGCUUAAAGCAGAGUCCAAUGUGUGCCUUCUGCAACUGCAGAUCAUAGGAUCUAAGAAAAUAAAGCACAGAAUGCAAGACUUUGUUAAGUUGCAGCAUCUGACCAAAAAUGCUGUUGAUGUUAUUUAUUUUUUAGGUGGAUAUUGGUUUAUGAAUGAAGGGCUGAGCAUUGAAAUAAACCUCUGUGUAUUCUGUGGGAUAAAUGCAUUAUUUGUUGGGGUUGGAUUUUGAAUAAAGAGGAUGUUCAGGG